AUGAUGUGGAGAACCUCUACUCCAUCUUGGGACUGCAGAAAGGUAGCUGAAAGCUUCGCAUUCCGCACUGUGGACCAUCUCAAUCAUGUUUGGGGCUCUGUGUCUUGUGAGCCACAACACUUGUGCAAGGCCUGUAAAGGCCCAGACAUGCAUGAAGGUGCAAGCCCUGACGAGAUCAAGGCAGCUUACCAUCGCCUUGCAAAGGAGUCGCACCCUGACUCAUUGGGGCGCGCAAGUGCAGAGAGAUUUCAGGAGAUCAAUCAUGCUUACAACACCCUGCUGCAUGUGGGACUUCGCCGCAUGUACGAUCUGCAGCUGAGGCGGCGAGAGGCACAGGAGCGGUGCGAGCGCUUGGAGCGCCAGGUGCCCUUCCUCACGCGGCUCAUGUCCGGGCCGCUGGGCCCCAUGCUGAUGGGCGCCUGCGCCGCCUUGGGCGCCGGCAGCGCCCUGGUGCUGGGCACGAUGGGCGCCCAGGCCUUCAUGCAGUCCUCAGAGGGCUUCUUCUGGUCCACCUUCCGGCAUUUGCCAGACUGGUUUCCUGGAAAGUGGAAGCUGGCUGCAGCGAUGUGCUAUGGUCAGGGCCACCUGGAGCCAGAUUCGAGCGACUGGGCUCGGCAACUCCUGGCUGCACAGCAUGCGCCGGAGUUGCAGGCUAGCAGCCAUGCUUCGCAGCUAGCAGCGCUGCAUGCGCGGCGCAGCAAGUUAGCCGCCAGCAGCGCUCGGGAGGCGGCUCGCCAGGCCGUGAGCCUCUCCCAGCGCGCCGCAGCCUGGCUGCGCCCGGGCCAUGCCGGGGAGGCGUGGGCCCAACGCCACGCGGACGCGGCGGACGCGGCACAUGGUCUGGGCGCCCGCCUCCGCACCGUGGCCGCGGAGUCCGCGGACUUCUCCGCGGCGCACCGGGCGCUGCGGGCCGCGCAGGGCGCGGAGCAGGCCAUGCGCCGUGCCAAGAUGGCGGUGUCCAUGCCAAAGGAUGAAGCGGGUGUGCCAAAGGAGCCGCCGAGCACGGAGCCGCCAAGCACGGAGUCGCAAACGGCAAGCAGCUCAACUUCGCCCCAGGCGGCCGCUGCUUCCACCGCGGCACCGACUUUGUCUCCCAAGGAAGAGGACAUGUACAAAGGCGAGCGCAUGGCGGCGCAGACAGCGGGUCUUUGCGUCUUGACGAUUUGCAUCGUGCUCGUCUGGUUCCAAAGCAAUGCGGUGGACCCCGCCUAUCACCGCAAAAAGAACAGGGAAGGGGAGGAGGACUCCAUCCUGGCUCGAAUGGGAGUGCUCUGCUGCUGUUGUCGGCGCAUCGCCUGCUGCGCCUCGUGUCUGGUGCAGUUCAUCAAGCUGCUGGCCAGCUGCAACUGCGCCACGCUGAGCGUCAUGGGCCUUGUGGUCUUCCUCCUUGGUUAUGGCUUCAAGCAACUUUGGGACAACCACCUCAUUCAGCCUCACCUGGAGGAGGCCACCAUCUACUUGUUUUUCGCCACCAUCGCGUUUGUCAUCAUUUUGGUGCUUCUCGGCUCGUUUGUGAAUUGGCUCCGCGACAGAGUAGGAUUUGUUCACAAUGUGGUUUCCUUCGUUGAUGACAAGAUGGAUGAUGUCAUGGAUUUCUUCGGCCUCCAAGACGAGAAUGAAGAGGAAGACAGCCGUAUUUGGUCUGAUGUCCACGCCUACAAAGACCGGCGGCUCAAUGCAAGGUCCAUGCCGCAGGCGAACCAGGAGGCGGACCGGGAGGAGCGUGUGCCCCGAGGCCACAGGAAGAUGGACACCUCCUUGUGGUGGAAGAGGGCGCUCUUUGGGAAGCCCAAGCGUCGAGACCCACGAGAAGUGGUGUGA